AUGUCAGCGAUAGCAUUGUUGAGCAGCGUCGAUGGCAACAUCGGUGACAAGGGUGACCCUGUUGACUCUGAAGACGAAUGUAACGUUGAAGAGGUGGCCGAAGACUCUCCCAUCCGAUGCAUUCAGGGUGUGCACUAUCCAAUCUGUAUCGGAGACGUUCUCGCCAGCCGAUAUCGUGUCGAGCACAGACUGGGCCAUGGCGGCUUUUCGACAGUCUCGAUGGCAGACGACGCGGUCAAUCAGUACAAGGCCCGAAUUUCCGAGAAUAUGCCUGUCAAACACCGUUCGCAGCCCAUUUACAACCUGGCACGUUCUAUAGACUUGAACACCGGAAAUGCCAUGUGCAGUCUCUGCUCUUCCGACAACUGCAGCACGACAACUACGAAAUAUAAACAGCUUUGGUCGGCCCCAGAAGAUGACUAUGCCUGA